AUGAUCCGGGCCUCCGCUUCCUCCUCUAACAAACCCGACCCAAAUCGCCGGAAACCCGUCUCGGCCAACUGGUGGGCACCUCUCUUCGGCUGGUCCACCGAUCCGGACUACAUUGACCCCACCGCCUACCCAUCCGGAACCGAGCCACGCGCCUCUGAUCUGGAUCCCGGAACGGGACGACACAGGUCCAGAUUCACGCUCGGGUGCUUCACCGAGGAGAAGGCGAAGGAGCUCCGGAAGAAGACGGCGGAGAACUCUGCGUUUCACGAUAUAAUGUACCACUCGUCCAUCGCGUCUCGGCUCGCGUCCGAUAUUUCGCAGUGGUCGGAGAAGUAG